CGUCUCUUUGCUCUCUCUCCCCUACCCGGGCGGCGCAGGCGGCGGGAUCCAAAUUUGGCGCGGGCGGAGCGGGGCGGGCCGGAAGGCCGGGCGGACCGGAAGCGGCGGUUGCCAUGGCUCCCGCGGGGCUCGGCCUCUUCCCGGGGGCCGCCCGCACUCCCGCCCCGCUCUCCCGAGGCCGGCCAGGCAGAACGGGGAGGUGCUGCAGGCGCAUGGGCCCCCGGCGCCCCCCGCACCCUCCGCCAAUUAAACCCGAGCCGCUGACGACGCGCUCGGCCGGCGGACGGGAGAGGACCAGACCGGAAGUGGUGGUUUCCAUGGCAACCCCUGAGCCGGUUGCCUGGGAGAUGACCCCCUUUGGUCCCUUCUGAAUCUCCGCCGCGGCGUCGCUUCCAAGGCCGCGCUAACCGAGCCUGGACUGUCUCCUGCCAUGAUUCCCGGGAAAUACCGCUCCGUUUCUGGCCGCUCAGCAAACAACGUGAAUUGUGGGCUUCAUCUUGUUAUUCAGACAUCGUCGCUUCCUGAAAGAAACAAAGUUGAAUUCAGGCUAAAUAAAGAAGCAUCACCAUUUCCUGGUCGACUCUUACAACAUGACCUUGAAAGAAACUACUCUAGCAGACAAGGAGAUGGAAGAGUAAUAAGUCCUUCGCCUCGUAAUAAGUCAUCAUGCAUCUCAUCCACAACAAACGAGACAGAACUAUGUGGGCUGGAAAUGAAACCUGCCAUGAGCUCCUUAUCAGCAUUUGGAGAUUCUGCCAUUCAGAUACCUUCAAAAUCCAGAAUCCGGCCGGGCUGUCAUAGUGCUGGCCCAAAUGUAUCGGGUGAUCAUAUUAAUUUGGUGAGUUCAUCAAUGCCAUCCUUUCCCAUUCUUCAACGUUCUUCCGAAGAGAAAAUUCUUUACUCAGACAGGUUGACUCUAGAAAGGCAAAAGCUGACUGUAUGUCCUAUUAUCGAUGGGGAAGAACACCUUCGUUUGUUGAACUUUCAACACAAUUUUAUAACUAGGAUCCAAAAUAUUUCUAAUCUACAGAGACUAAUAUUCUUGGAUUUAUAUGAUAACCAGAUCGAAGAAAUUAGUGGACUUUCUACUCUGAGAUCUCUCCGUGUGCUUCUACUGGGGAAAAACAGAAUAAAGAAAAUCUCAAAUCUGGAGAAUUUAAAAAGUUUAGAUGUCUUAGAUCUUCAUGGAAAUCAGAUUACCAAAAUUGAAAAUGUCAAUCAUUUGGGGGAUUUGAGAGUUUUAAAUCUUGCCAGGAACCUUUUAAGUCAUGUUGAUAAUCUUAAUGGACUGGAUUCAUUAACUGAACUUAAUCUGCGACACAAUCAGAUCACUUUUGUGAGAGAUGUGGAUAAUUUGCCCUGCCUCCAGCGUCUGUUUCUCAGCUUCAACAAUAUAGCUACUUUUGAGAGUGUUUGCUGCCUUGCGGAAUCCACUUCUCUCUCAGACAUCACUUUUGAUGGCAAUCCAAUAGCUCAAGAGUCAUGGUACAAACACACUAUCCUUCAGAAUAUGAUGCAGCUGCGCCAGCUGGACAUGAAGAGAAUCACGGAAGAAGAAAGGCGUAUGGCAUCUGUUGUAGCCAAAAAGGAGGAAGAGAAAAAGCGGGAGAGUCAUAAGCAAUCUUUGCUUAAGGAGAAGAAAAGGUUAACAAUAAACAACAUAGCUCGAAAGUGGGACUUGCAACAGCAGCGCAUAAUCACUAUUGCUACAAAUCAAGAUAGAAAAGAUUCUGACUCAUCUUCUCAGGAACCCUGUCAGAUUGAUGGAGGCACCAUUUCUGCAUUUCCAGAGGAAACAGGGUCUCUGGACUCAGGACUCAGCAGUGCUUUACCAGACUUAUCAGCCACAGACACGCACCUGGUCGAGGUGGAUGGAGAGACGCUCUCCCUGUAUGGCUCAGGGGCGCUUGAGUGCCUGGACCGGAACUGGAGUGUUCAGACCGCAGGAAUGGUGACCACGGUCUCCUUUACUUUCAUCGAGUUUGAUGAAAUAGUUCAAGUGCUUCCCAAGUUGAAGAUUAAGUUUCCUAAUUCUCUGCACCUUAAAUUCAAGGAAACUAAUCUUGUCAUGCUGCAGCAGUUUAAUGCACUAGCACAACUUCGUCGUAUUGACCAACUGACAAUUGAUCCUCAAGGAAACCCAGUCGUUAAUUUUACACUCUGGAAAUAUUAUGUUCUAUUUAGACUGAGCCAUUUUAAUAUGCAGAAAAUAAACGGAACAGAGGUGACACAGAAUGAUAUGAUAAUGGCCGAAAGACUCUUUGGAAUCCUGGCACAUGUAGCAUCUUCUGAGUUACCUCAAUACCGCAUGAUUUCAAUACUGGGUGAUGCCAGGAAGAAGCAAUUUCGAUACCUGAUAGAAACCAAAGGGAAAAAACCUGUUGUUAUCAAUGAAGAAAAUAAUGAUAGCAAAAGACUUGUAGGAGAAAAUUCAAAUCGCUCCACACUAAAUUAUACCACAAGAGAAUUCUAUAAUGAAAAGCUAGAGGAAAUAAAGGAAAAGAAGAAAUUGUGCAAGAAAUAUAUCGAGGACCUUGUGAAGGAAGCCACAGAAAUCAACAUGAAAAAUGAGGCUUUACAGAAAUUGUGGCCACAAAUGUUCAUUGAGCUUGUUAGGGAUGCAGUCAUAGAAAUCCGCAAUAAAAAUUCCUAUAUGAAGCUUUGCCUGCAGCAGAUAGCUGAACAAAAAUAGAAAUGGCUUUUAGUUACAGUUGAUUUCAGCUCUUUUAUGAUUUUGAAGGUUAAAAUAGAUUUAACUUGUUAAGACAACAAUAGCACUAUCCUACAAACUAGAAAGGCUAACAUCAGAGCAUUACUACCUGCUGUAAACGUUAGGAAGGAGAGAACGCAAGAAAGGGAAGAUGAACGCUGAUCACCAAGCAGCCUGCAGCUCGUCACUGUUCCCAGCUGGCUUGAGCCUUGACGUGGCUCUGCAUCCUGACUCUGGCUUUGAUUGGUUGCCCCUGCUACAGCCCAAAGUACAUCAUGUUUUCUCAUCCUUGGGCAUGAAUUAAUUCUACCUACUUUCAGCUGACAAUUUCUGGUUACUUGCCUUUUUAAUUUUAUGCCAUGAUUUAAAAGCCCCCAAGGAUGUGUUCUUUUGUAUGGCAAAGAAUAAACUUAUUUAAAAAAAUUAAUUUGGAAAACCUUUUUCUUCCCAAAUUGGGUAGAAUAAUCAUAUUUCUUGUACUGUUCACUUAUAUAGGAAGAAGUUCCAGUCUUCUUAGGUAACAUUCUCAGGGUGUCUGCAGUGUCUCAUCACUCAUCACUAUGCCCCACUGGAUCCUCAGUUUCCCCCACAUAGUUCCCACCUCAUGAGAGUGUUGUGGCGAGUAAAUGCACAUACAGUUAAAGCACUUGUUGUAAUGCUCUCAGCACACAGAAAACACCUGAAUGAACGGAUAAUUUGUUUUUCUAUAUGCAACCACAAAUUUGGGGCCCCAGGACCAGAAGAGCUGUUAAUGUUUCCUAAAAUCUUUCAUUCCCUCUCAAAUAAAACACAGGCCAUCUCUCA